AUGUCUCCCAACACGUCUCAGCCUGAGCCUAUUGCCAUUAUCGGCACUGGUUGCAGGUUUGCUGGUGGAGCAAACUCGCCAUCAAAGAUGUGGGAGCUCAUUCGCAACCCUCGAGACGUCCGCGUUGAGAUUCCUAUCAGCCGAUUCAAUGCCAAGGGGUUUUACCACGAGAACGCGAUGCACCAUGGACACACAAAUGUCAAACACUCGUAUCUACUGACAGAAGAUCCGUACUGUUUCGAUGCCAAUUUCUUCAACAUCAACGCAGUUGAAGCAGCAGCUAUGGACCCACAGCAACGGCUUCUUUUGGAGGUCGUUUAUGAAGCAAUGGAAUCGGCAGGAUUGAGCAUCGAGAAAUUGAGGGGAAGUGACACUGGUGUUUUUGUCGGUGCUAUGCGUUCGGAUUAUGAGGGUAUGCUUCUUCGUGAUAUUGAUCAGCUCCCAAAGCAUUUUCAGGGGGUACGUAUUAAAGCCUUUUCAUGCUGUGGAACAAAUCACUCGUUGCUUUCAAACCGUAUAAGCUACUUCUGGGGCUGGACAGGUUCCAGUGUAACGAUGAACACUGCGUGUUCUUCUAGCCUGGUUGCUGUUGAUCAAGGAGUCCAUGCACUUCGAUCAGGAAACUCCCAUAUGGUCGUGGCCUGUGGCAGUAAUCUAAUCCUCAGUCCAGAGCUUUAUGUAGUGUCUAGCAAGAUGCAACUAGUAUCACCCGAUUCCCGUUCCAGAAUGUGGGAUAAGGCAGCUAACGGUUACGCGCGUGCCGACGGUGUGGCGGCUGUUAUUCUCAAGACACUCAGGCAAGCGCUAGCUGAUGGUGACAGAAUUGAAGCCGUUAUUCGAGGUAUAGGAGUCAACCAUGACGGAACGUCGGCAGGGAUAUCCAUACCAAAUCCUGACGCACAGCGUGCCUUGGUCCGCAGUGUCUACAGAAAGGCGGGUCUUAACCCAGACAACCCAGCUCACCAGCCUCAGUAUGUUGAACUGCACGGCACCGGAACGCCAACCGGCGGGCAUUCUGAAGCCACUUCGGGUAUCUCAGGACUCCUUAAGAUAGUCCAGGCAAUGCAGAAUUCCACGAUCCCCCCCAACUUGUUGUUCGACCAGCUCAACCCUGCUAUUGCGCCUUUCUAUGUCAAUAUGCUGGUUCCAACCGAAGCUGUUCCAUGGCCAGCUGUUAAGGAGAAGCAGCCAAAACGAGCUUGUCUCAAUAACUUCGGGUUUGGUGGAACCAAUGCCCACUUGAUUCUAGAAAGUUAUGAGGCCCCAAGGGCUAAGCAUUGUGAUGAGGGACCUAUUUCGGAGCUUGUAACGCCAUUCGUUUUCUCAGCUGCAUCAUCAGAGUCGCUUCGCGCGAAUCUGGAAGCCUAUGUUGCAUAUCUCGACGAGCAUCCUGAAACAGAUAUUCACGAUUUAGCUUAUACACUUAGGGAGCGCCGGUCGGUUUUGCGACAUCGUAUCUCAAUUCCCGCAACAAACAUUGCCAGUCUUAAGUCUGGCUUACAGGCCAUCCUGGCUGUUUCCGGUAACCCAACUCUUGGUGUUAAGGCACGCAUAUCAACAGGUGGCAGGCAGAUGAUACUAGGCGUGUUUACUGGACAGGGAGCGCAAUAUGCUCGCAUGGGCUGCGAGCUCAUUGAAAAGUCGCCACUUGCUCGGAGCACCAUCCAGACACUUGAAAAUUACCUAGCUGUGCUUCCCGAGAAGGAUCGUCCAAAAUGGUCGCUCUACUCCGAAAUAAUGGCCGAUCCUUCCGUUUCCCGCAUUAAUGAAAGCGCCAUCUCGCUACCCAUAUGCACAGCGGUCCAGAUAAUGAUCGUUGAUAUUCUUCACUCUGCCAAUAUACGCUUUGGUGCCGUUGUUGGCCAUUCAGCCGAUUACCGCGGAUUAGCGUGCCAACACGCCGCGUGCCCAAAUGGCAACAUCAAAGGGGCCAUGGUUGCGGUGGGCACCUCAUUACAAGAUGCGAUGGAACUUUGCGAGAAUGAAGAAUUCUCCGGUCGUAUUACUGUAGCUGCUAUCAAUUCUUCGUCUAGCUUGACCAUCUCUGGAGAUGAGGAUGCUAUCGAUGAGCUGAGCACCAUCCUUGAUGAUGAGCACAAGUUUAAUCGGCGGCUUAAGGUUAAUUUAGCAUCCCAUUCGACACAUAUGCUUCCUUGUGUCGAUCCCUACCUUGAAUCACUACGACAAGUUGGUGUCGAAUAUCUACCAGGUCACAGCCAUUGCACAUGGUUUUCAAGUGUCUAUGGUGGCAGGGCGAUGGGUCAGUCAACCGAUCAGCUAAGAAACACAUAUUGGACAGAAAAUAUGACCAAUCCGGUACAGUUUUCGCAGGCUGUUCGAGCGGCCUGCCUAGCUAUUCCGUCUGUAGAUGAGGACACUCCUGCUGUUGUGCUUGAAGUUGGAGCCCAUCCCGCUCUCGCUACCCCGGCUAUGCAGACCAUCGAGGAAGCCAUCGGCACCAAGAUUCCCUACCAUGGGACUCUCAGUCGUGGAAAUGAUGCCGUUUUGGCCUUUUCUUCUUGCUUUGGAUUUCUUUGGGAACACCUAGACAGCCGCUCAAUGAGUCUGGAAAGGUGCGAAGGUGCCUUAUCCGGAGAUAAUCGGUCACACCAUCGACGAUACAACGUCCUCGGGAACUUGCCAACCUAUCAGUGGAAUCACGAAGUAGCCUACUCGGCCGAGUCUAGGUGGUCUCGCCGCAUGCACCUGCGGGACCCCUACCAUCAGCUUCUCGGUAGUAUGUCUCCAGAUAGUGCCUCUCACAUGCUACGGUGGAAGAAUGUUUUGAAAGUUAGUGAGCUGCCUUGGCUUGAGGCACAUACAGUGCAGAACAUGGCCGUGGUUCCUGGUGCCUUGUACGUUUCAAGUGCUAUCGAAGCAGCCAGAUCGCUUGCCGCUGAAAAGAGCAUACAACUCAUUGACCUAACUGACUUACAAUUUCCUCAUCUGGCCACAUUCAACGAGGGGGGUGACAAAGGUAUAGAGGUCCACAUAGAGUUAAGCCAGAUUCAGGCGAAGCCGGAAUUUAUCACAGCUACCUUUACAUAUUCGGCCGCGCUCGGGGGCGAUUCGGAUGACCUCGUACUUGCUGCCAGCGGUAAGCUUAAGGUUAUAUUACAAGAUGAUGAGUCCUAUCUCACCGUCCUCCCUGACCGUGCCCUUACACCACCAUAUUUGAAACCUAUCGAUACCAAUGGAUGGUACGACUUCCUUAAGGGCCGGGGGUUCCAGUUUUCUGGUCCCUUCCGCUCCAUGGUCAAGCUCGAAAGAACGCUAGACAGAGCUGUUUGCGUCGGCAAGAAGGCGAGGACAUCAAUCUCAGAUGCCGACGCUCUCCUAGUUCAUCCAGUAGAUUUCGAUAAUGCGCUCCAGUCCAUUCUCCUGGCCCAUAGCCAUCCAACUGAUGGUCAGUUGAAUGCACCACAUGUUUUGAGCGGCAUUAAAAUGUUGAGAGUGAAUGCUGCUGUACUCACAUCCAAAGAAUAUCUGGACGAAGAUACAAAUCUUGUUUAUUCGUCAUGCUUUAACGCGAACCGCAAGCCUAGCGAAGGCUUUGCUGGUAACGUUAGUGUGUAUACUCCCAGCCUUACACACGAAGCUAUUCGGAUAUACGAAGCCGCAUGCACGCCCUUAGGCACCACUGCCAAUGAAGGUAAUGCGCGGAACCUAUUUUUUAAGAUGGACUGGGUGCAGAGCCAGCCGGACGGCUUGACUUCUGCUGCCAACAUCCCCAUUACCGAGCAAGAUCAUGACUUCAUGUCUAUGAUUAGGCGCAUCGCCGUGUUCUAUCUACGGAAAUUCAAUGAGAUGGUUGCAGAAAAUAGUCCAGCAAGAACUGACGGUCUGCUUUGUCACUACCUUAAUUUUGCUAGACAUGUCACUUCUCUUGUCACUCAAGGUGGUAAUGACUUAUUGCAGACUGAGUGGCUCAACGACACCGAGGAGGAUAUCAUGAAUCUCAUUCAUGCUAAGAGCGCUUUCGAAAAUGUGGACGUUAAAAUACUGCUGCUCGUUGGACGAACUAUGCCAGCCGUCUUUAGGGGAGAAACGACUAUGCUGGAACAUUUCCGCACAUCAAACCUUCUGGACGAAUACUAUGUUAAUGGUUGUGGGAUGAAACAAACAACAACUUGGAUAGGUAAUUUGCUGACACAGUUGACGACGCGGAAUCCUCAUCUCAGACUUUUUGAGAUCGGAGCCGGUACUGGUGGCGCUACCAAGGACAUCUUAGAUGCCAUCGGCCAUAAUUUUCAACAGUACACUUUUACAGACAUAUCAGCGGGUUUCUUCGAGAAUGCCGCUGAGAAGUUCUCGGCGUGGAAAGAUCGUAUGGACUUCAAGGUGUAUAACGGUGAGAUAGAUCCAGCCAAUCAAGGCAUCGAGGUUGGUUCCUAUGACGUCGUCAUCGCUUAUAUGGUCGUUCACGCAUGUGAAAAUCUGCAUGUAGCCACAGCAAACCUCCGUAAACUACUCAAACCUGGUGGUUUAUUGAUUCUUGGAGAGGCGCCCGACGAUGGCCCGCUCCUAGUUAGUCUUGGUUUUGCAUUCGGAGGGCUUGCCGGCUGGUGGUGUGGCGUCAAGGAGGGCCGCAGAAUCUCGCCGUUGGUGAGCCCUGCGAAGUGGGAAAGUAUUCUCAAGGGUGCUGGCUUCUCGGGUAUCGAUACCAUGUCGCCACCUUCCUUCUCUGAUGCUUUUGGUAUGACUCUGUUUGUCUCAACGGCAUUAGAUGAACGUGUCGAGAAAAUAAGGAAUCCUGAACUGAGAGCACCAGCUACACGUUUUGACAAAGUGAUAGUUCUUGGAGGUCAAACUGAGCCCAUUGGGAAGUUGGUGCACAACAUACGAGGCGCGCUGGCGCCAUUCACAGACCGGGUUCUCACAUAUGAAUCUCUAGAGAAACUGGAUCACACUGUCGUCGACACUGGAUCUAUCGUCGUCAGCCUCGUUGACCUGGAAAGUCCUGUCUUCCAAGAAUUGACAACAAAGAAGUGGAAAAAGUUGCGCAAUAUAUUUACGACAGAAUUAAGUAUUCUCUGGCUCACUAGUGGCCGACUAGAUGGGGAUCCUUACAGCAAUGCGACCGUAGGGUUUGGACGGGCCGCCGUCCACGAAACACCAGGUCUUCGGAUUCAAUACAUUGACUUUCCAGAGGCCGGAAGGAUUAACCCCAAGGCUGUGCUCGAAGAUGACAGCAUACUGUAUACCAAAGAACCAGAGCUCGCCAUCGAUGUUCAUGGGCGGGAGUUGGUACCACGCCUAGUAGCGCUCAGAGAGGCUAAUAAUCGUUAUAACUCUGUUAAUACGCCUGUGCAUGAGUACCUAGAUACUAGAGAGACGACCGUCGAACUAUGUCUAGACCCGACACAAAAUAACUUCUUUUUGCAGAAUAGGGGUGAAUUCAUUCAGCUAGAUGUGACUCAUUCGACGAUGUCUGCUCUAUCGACGGUUGCCGGUUAUCAAUUCCUCGUUAUAGGGAAGGAUAAAUCUGGUGGUCAGCGCCUCGCAUUGGUAUCUUCCCUCAUGUCCAUACUGAUGGUCCCACUGGAAACAACUGUUCAGUGUGACAUCCCUAGUGGCUCAGGAGCUGGUUUUCUUGCGCACGUUGCUGCUGAUAUGAUAGCUAUAGCUGUGACAAACCUCUUACAUGCUGGCCAAAGUUUGCUCCUCCAUAAUGCUUCCAACGCAGUGGGGGAGCAUAUAAUUGCCCAGGCUUCCCACAAGACCAUCAACAUCAUAGCCACUUGCGACUCGUCUGAAAACAAGGCUCUAUCCUGUCAAAUUCCCCAUAUCUCCGUUUCGACAUAUACAACUGCAUCAGAACUAGCCCAUGUGCUGCCGUCAAAUGUUGCGUGUUUCAUAGAUUUUUCAGCCAAGAAGAACACAGGCACCAGCCGUAUGAUCUUAUCCUGCCUUCCCUCCUUUUGCCGCAAAGAAAGCAUUCAUACGCUCUUUUCUGUCUCUGGAGGUUACAACGGCUUUCCUCUUAGUGCAUUGGGGCAACUGCUGCGUAGUGCAACACAUCGUCAUCCAGUGGGUAUAGACAAUAUUCUCAAUGGUGAGCCUCCGAGUUAUCCACUUACCGUCAUGGACUGGGAAUCUCGACCCGCUACACUCCCCGUGCGCAUAACUCGGAUUGACGGGGAGCAACUUUUUAAGGGUGACAAAACCUACUGGAUAGUUGGAUUGUCUGGAACAUUAGGCAUCUCAUUGUGCGACUGGAUGAUCGUACAUGGCGCACGCCAUAUAGUCUUCACCAGCAGAGACCCCAAGAUUGAUUCGCAGUGGAUUGAAGUCCACCGCCUCAAAGGAGCUUCUGUUCACAUUUUGCCAGGUGACGUCACAGAUGAACAGGCUAUCCGUGCCGUGUAUCAAACUAUUGUCAACACAAAACCCCCUAUCGCGGGGCUUGUCAAUGGCGCAAUGGUCCUGAAGGACACAAGCAUAAUCAACAUGGGAUUUGAUGACAUAAUAGAUGUUCUUCAACCCAAGAUGGACGGGGCCGUCAACCUCGACAGCAUAUUUCAUAGCAUUAAUCUAGACUUCUUUGUUAUGAUAUCAUCAAUGGCAGGCGUCAUCGGAAACCCUGGGCAAGCCAAUUAUUCAGCUGCUAGCAUGGGUCUGAACAGUGUCGCUAAUUCUGAGAUCAUGAGUAGUGUCGCCGUACGGCGGAGGAAACGAGGCCUCCAGGCUUCGAUCGUUAAUCUUGGGAAGGUCAUUGGCGUUGGGUACGUCACACAAGCCGACCAAAAGUUAAAUCGGGCAGUUGAGGAUGCGACGCCCAUAUCGGAGCAUGAUUUCCACUAUAUAUUUGCCGAGUCAAUAGCAGCUGGUCGCCUCGAAAGUUCAACUGGUCCAGAGAUUUGUACUGGCCUCCUCAGUUCCUCCAACACACAAAUUCUCCACGGACUGUACUCAGAUCCUAAGUUCACGCACCUCCGAGUCUCCCAAAUCUCGGCCAACGGCAGCAUCAGCGACGUCAAGAAGAACGCAUAUUCUAUCCUGGAAAAGCUCCAAGGUUGCAAUUCCAUACCAGACGUUUUCCACAUUAUUAGAGCUGAGUUUAGUGCCCAGCUGCGCAGAUCUCUACACAUAUCCACAGCUGAUGACGAUCUGAUGAAGAUGCAGAGCGCUGAGUUGGGUCUUGAUUCGCUAGUUUCGGUGGACCUACAAAAUUGGUUUAUAAAGAAUCUCCAGGUCAGCAUUACAAGUCGAAAGAUCAUGGCGUGUCAAACCCGCAUGUCCAGCCUGGUCGAGAUGGCUGUUCAAAAUAUCCCGGCCGAUUUGAUCCCUGGUGCUUUGGGAGACGAUCCCACAAUGGGGAGCAGCGAGGAAAUGAGCGACUUAGAUACCGAGCUCGAGCCAUGCACACCUAUGAGUCCCAUAACGCCGGAUGAUGGGAAUUCGGAGUUCGAGCUAAAAUUUGAUGGAGAGUUAGAAAACAGUGACAGCACUAAUGAGGCUAUCAACUGGGAAGCCGAGGCAAGCCUACCCCGCCCCGAAAGAAUCCUAGAACUUGUUCCCGCUCCUCCAAUCAGAACAACGCCUGAAGUUAUCGUUCUCACGGGAUGUACUGGCUUUGUUGGGCGCCAUAUACUCAAAACGCUUAUGGCCUGCCCAACCAUUCGCAAGAUUAUUUGCAUCGCAGUCCGGCGGCUCUCGGAGCGCGUCAAAGAUAAUAAGCUACUCCCACCAAGUCGUCGCUUAGUCUAUCAUGAAGGUGAUCUAUCAUUGCCCCGAUUUGGCCUCUCUGAGGACAUUUGGGCCGAUAUUUUUUGCCAAGCUGAUGCCGUCGUUCAUUGUGGCUUUUCCGUACGACUUACGAGCCCUUACGCAGCUGAACGGGCAGUCAAUGUUGAGUCAACAAGACAGCUUCUUGGUGUAUGUCUGCAGCGCAUGGUCCCCAUACAUUACAUGUCAUCUGUGAUGAUAGGGCUCCUAGCAGGUGUUGAUGCCUUUUCUCCAACAUCAUGUACCCAGUCAAUGAUGCGACCGUCGGCUGAGCAAGGCUACGUGGCCGCAAAAUGGGUAUGUGAGAGCAUGCUGGAGCGUGCCCAAAAGCAACAUGGGCUCCACGUGGUCAUCAACCGUGCGUCACCAAUCUACGACGAAGGCGUUGGUGUAGAUGCCGACGACAACGAGUUUAGCUUUGGCGCACUAGUGCGUUAUGCACACAAGACACAGGCAGUUCCGCGAUUUGAUUCCAAAACCUUUCAGCUAGAUUUUGUCUCACUUGGGACGUUCUGUGAUGACGUUAUCACGGAACUGUUACGGAAUGUGCAUGGCACGGGCAAAGUCAGGUACAUCCAUAGCGUCGGCGAUAUCGUUAUACCUGUGAGGGAGAUUGCAAAUAUCGGACUUGAAAAGAUUGGCGGACCGUAUAGAGUGUUGCCAAUGGAGCAGUGGACUAAGGUCGCGAUGGAGGCAGGGAUGCAGCCAGCUGUCGCUCCAGUGAUUGAGUUCUUUAACCAUCCCGUUAUGCAGGCAUUUCCGAGGCUUGUUAGAACGAAGGAGGCUUAA